GUAUUUUAAAUUGCUAUUUUCCUUUUUUACCAACUACUGAUGAAAGAUUAGGGUUUAUUCGUCCACAAGAUUUCUCCUUCUCCCCUUGUACGUGAAGUCCUGGAUCCCGGCUUUCUUCGCAAUCUUAUUUGUUUUUCGAAAACUUUGGUGGGGAUCGCGUCGGUGGUUCUAUCUGCAGCCCUAAUUCCGUCAAUGGGUUGGAUUUCCUUGGAUUUUUGGGAAUCUUGGAGCCAAUUGGAGUGUUGAUUCAUCUGAGAUGCUACACUUGAUGUGACACUCAAAUAUCUCACUGGGUGUUGUCUGUCCUUUUGAAUGGAAGGAUCAGUUGCACCACAUUCCACAAGUGCUUAUGGACCAUUGUUUUAGAAUAUCUGGUUUUGUGUAUAUCGACGUAUAAUCUGCAGUUAAUAUAGGAAACAGUCAAUCAGAGGAGGGACUUGCUGAUGCCAACACUACAUCUAAUCUGUAGUUUAUAUGGGAAACAGUGAAUCAGAGGAGGGACUUGCCGAUGCCAACACUACAUCUUUGAGUUGCAACAUACCAUGUUAAAGAUUUCUUAGUGAUUCAUAUACAACCCGGUGCAUUCUGAAAGGUUAGUUGCUAAAAAAAUUGCAGCAUUAUAUGAACCUCGGAGUUGGAUACAAGAACAAGCAUUUUCUGUUUUCUAGCUGUAUAUGGACUGGUAGAUCUAACCUGUUUCAGGCAAAAGCAGGGUUGGAUGCAUUGAUGUUGAAAAUUAUUUGAAUAGAUGGCCUCAAGGCCAAGAAUCCUCCUACCAUUCUUUCUAGUAUUUGUUUUACUGCAUGGUUCUGCCAUUGCAGAAUCUGAGAAACAAUUCAUCUGGAGCUCUCGGAAAGCUCCUCAUAGGAACUUAGAAAGUGCAGUUAUAGAUGGAACUGGCAGAGAAGCCGAAUUUGGUACCUCUGAGGAUAGUUUUCAAGGGUUUGGUGAGAGGAAAGCUGCUAAUACCAGAGUUUCAGUUUCUACAGUUGCAUGGCUUACUCUUGCCAUGGCUGCAGCAACAGCCUUGGGCGCAAUUCCGUUUUUCUUUGUGGAGUUAGAGCCACAAUGGGCAGGUGUAUGCAAUGGGUUGGCCGCCGGAGUGAUGUUGGCUGCUAGCUUUGACCUAGUGCAAGAAGGACAGAUCCAUGGCAGUGGAAACUGGGUUGUUAUUGGAAUUUUGAGUGGGGGGAUUUUCAUUUGGCUUUGUAAGAAGUUUCUUGAGCAGUAUGGGGAAGUAAGCAUGCUGGACAUAAAAGGUGCUGAUGCAAGUAAAGUUAUACUUGUAGUCGGAAUAAUGACCCUUCAUUCCUUUGGGGAGGGUUCGGGUGUUGGGGUAUCCUUUGCUGGCUCAAAAGGGCUUUCUCAAGGUCUUCUGGUUACGCUGGCAAUAGCUGUGCACAACAUACCUGAAGGUUUAGCUGUGAGCAUGGUUCUCUCAUCACGUGGGGUCUCUCCUCAGAAUGCGAUGCUGUGGAGUUUCAUUACAUCGUUGCCUCAGCCCAUUGUGGCUGUCCCUUCGUUCCUUUGUGCUGAUGCAUUCCACAAGGUACUUCCUUUUUGUACGGGCUUUGCUGCUGGGUGCAUGAUCUGGAUGGUGAUAGCAGAGGUUCUUCCUGAUGCUUUUAAGGAAGCAACUCCUCCUCAAGUUGCUUCUGCAGGCACGCUGGCCAUAGCAUUUAUGGAAACCCUGAGCACAACACUCCAGAGUUUUAGCCAUGGCUACAACUCAGAGGAUGCCUCUGGCUUUUUAGUAUCACUACUAUUUGGUCUUGGGCCAUUGCUUGGUGGAAUUAUCCUCGUCACUUUUUCUCUUGCCUUCUUGCUGCAACAUUCUCUUCUCACAGGCGUGGCCUCUGGCAUUGCAUUUCUUCUUGCUGCAUGGAGGCCCCUACAGCUUCUAGUGUCUUCAAAGAUGGGGUUCUUUACCCUAACAUUGUUGCUCAUCGCCGGUUCUGCCUUAUAUCGCAUGUUCACAGCUAGCAUCUUAAGGGUGGCUCCUCGCAAGAAGACUUCUGUCAAUGACCUUGCAUCUUCUGGUCUUUCAGUGAGUGCCCUUACUCUUCAAUCAUUCUUUGCAUGCGGGGCCAUCAUCCUGCAUGCCCUAGCAGAGGGGCUUGCUCUAGGUGUGGCAGCCCCAAAGGCUUAUGGGCUUGGCAGACACAUGGUUCUACCAGUUUCGCUACAUGGGCUGCCACGAGGUGCAGCUGUUGCAGGCUGCAUCUUUGGCGCUACCGACAGCUGGCGGGGAGCCUUAGCAGCUGCUGCCUUGACUGGAUUUGCGAGCCCUAUCUCUGCCAUUGGAGCUAUACUCGCAGGCAUCGACUACAAUGGACUUGAUUAUUGGAUGGUUCUUGCAUGUGGAACGAUGCUUCCUAGCUUUGGCACUGUUUUCCAGCGGGCGCUGAAGUUGGACACAAGGAAGAGCACCUAUGGGCUUCUGAUGGGUCUCGGAUUUGCCUGCUCGUGUUUAACAUCCACCAGGUUGGUUUGCCUGCAUACGCCCUACUGCAAUUCAGCACCAGAGGCUGUCACAUAGAUGUGGACUGAAUUCUUUUUGUUCUUGUACUAUGGGUGCACUUGUGCACAGCUUUGUAUCGGCCACCUGAUUGCUUUGGAAGCCUACAGUCUGGAGGGUGAAACACAGGCCUAGAGAGGCUGAAAAUAUUAGGAAUAGAAAGUUCUCAUUAAGUUGAUCAUGUAGGUAAAUACAGUAGUUCCAUCAGUGGCCAAGAAUCUCUGUAGUUUUUUGGAUCAAUAGAAUGGAAUUUCAGGAUGGAUUUGGGUGGAGUGCGGCAUAUACCGAGGCUUUUGUAAUGGUAGUGACAGGACAUCAAACACAAAACAAGCUACUUUGAUCCAAGUGUCUUCUGUAAAUUUAAUUGAAUGUAAAGAGUUAAUUUCUCUUGUUUGGUGGAAAUCACAUUCUUGUUUGUUGUGCU